GGUUAUUUAUUCUCCUCCCCAGACAACACUUUAUUAGGUUAUUUAUUCUCCUCCCCCUCCUCCCCAGACAACACUUUAUUAGGUUAUUUAUUCUCCUCCCCAGACAACACUUUAUUAGGUUAUUUAUUCUCCUCCCCCUCCCCAGACAAUACUUUAUUAGGUUAUUUAUUCUCCUCCCCAGACAACACUUUAUUAGGUUAUUUAUUCUCCUCCCCCUCCUCCCCAGACAACACUUUAUUAGGUUAUUUAUUCUCCCCCUCCUCCCCAGACAACACUUUUAGGUUAUUUAUUCUCCUCCCCCUCCCCAGACAACACUUUAUUAGGUUAUUUAUUCUCCUCCUUCCCCUCCUCCCCAGACAACACUUUAUUAGGUUAUUUAUUCUCCUCCCCCUCCUCCUCCCCAGACAACACUUUAUUAGGUUAUUUAUUCUCCUCCCCCUCCUCCUCCCCAGACAACACUCUAUUAGGUUAUUUAUUCUCCUCCUCCUAACCCUAACCCUAACCCUAACCCUCCUCCCCAGACACGAGCUGUACCGUGCAUCGGGGAAGUUUGAGCUGCUGGACCGCAUUCUUCCCAAGCUGCACGUCACCAACCACAGAGUUCUGCUGUUCUGUCAGAUGACAUCACUCAUGACCAUCAUGGAGGACUACUUUGCUUACCGCAAUUUCCUCUACUUGCGCCUCGACGGCACCACCAAGUCUGAGGACCGUGCGAUGCUGCUGAAGAAGUUCAAUGAGAAAGGUUCCCAGUACUUUGUGUUCCUACUGAGCACCAGAGCCGGGGGACUGGGCCUCAACCUGCAGGCUGCGGACACUGUGGUCAUCUUUGACUCUGACUGGAACCCUCACCAGGACCUCCAGGCCCAGGACAGGGCUCAUCGUAUUGGUCAGAAGAACGAGGUCCGUGUUCUGCGUCUGUGUACGGUCAACAGUGUGGAGGAGAAGAUCCUAGCGGCUGCUAAGUACAAACUGAACGUGGACCAGAAGGUGAUCCAAGCCGGGAUGUUUGACCAGAAGUCCUCCAGCCACGAGCGGAGAGCCUUUCUCCAGGCCAUACUGGAAACAGAGGAACAGAAUGAGGUUGGUCACGGUGGCGUGGGAAUAAAGAUUAAAUGCAGUUCCUUGCAGGAGGAAGAGAAAAGUCAGGUGGCUAUGGAGGAAGACGAGGUGCCUGAUGAUGAGACUCUGAACCAGAUGAUCGCCCGUAAUGAGGAUGAGUUUGAGCUGUUCAUGAGUAUGGACUUGGACCGGCGGCGGGAGGACGCCAGGAACCCUAAAAGGAAGCCUCGUCUGAUGGAGGAGGUCGAGCUGCCAUCUUGGAUCGUCAAGGAUGACGCAGAGGUGGAGCGGCUCACCUGCGAGGAAGAGGAGGAGAAGAUCUUCGGCCGAGGAUCACGCAGGAGAGGCGACGUUGACUACAGCGACGCCCUGACAGAGAAACAGUGGCUCAGGGCAGUAGAGGAUGGAAACCUGGAGGAAAUGGAGGAAGAGAUCCGUCUGAAGAAGUCGAGGAAGAGGAGGAGACGAGGGGACAAGGACGGAGGGAGGGAAGAGGGAGGAGAGAAGGCAAAGAAGAGGCGUGGACGUCCCCCUGCUGAGAAGCUGUCCCCCAACCCCCCCAAACUCACCAAACAGAUGAACGCCAUCAUCGACACCGUCAUCAACUACAGAGACGGGUCUAACAGACAGCUGUCAGAGGUGUUUGUCCAGCUGCCGUCCAGGAAAGAGCUGCCAGAGUACUACGAGCUGAUCAGGAAACCUGUUGACUUCAAGAAAAUCAAGGAGCGUGUGCGGAGCCACAAGUUCAGGAGUGUGUCUGACCUGGAGAAGGAUGUGAUGCUGCUCUGUCACAACGCUCAGACCUUUAACCUGGAGGGGUCACAGAUCUAUGAGGACUCCAUCGUGCUCCAGUCUGUGUUUAAGAGUGCCAGACAGAGAAUCGUAAAGGAGGAGGAGAGUGAAGAGGACAGCGAUGAUGACGAUGAAGACGAUGAUGAUGAGGAAGAGUCGGAGGCAGAGUCUAAUUCAGUGAGGGUGAAGAUACUGCUAGGUAAGAAGGAGUGUGGCGGUAGCAGCAUCGGAGCCCGUCACCAUAACAAGGACAAAGGCAAGAAGAGACUGAGUCGCUCCAAGGCCAAACCCGUCGUCAGUGACGAUGACAGCGACGAAGACCAGGAUGACAACAAUCAGUCUGAGGAGAGCAGAAGUGAAGAUGAGUGAAGAAGAGGAAGGCUGAUCCUUAGGACUUAACAAGAAAAUCCUUUCAUUCUUUCUUUUAUUUUCUACAGUAUGGCACUUAUUCAAUCAUUUUUUGGUUUUCUUCGUUUUUUUCUCUUUCUACUAUAUGGAUGAUCUCAGAGCUGUCGUCACCAUAGUGAUGGCAUGUGACUAUGUUGGUACAGACAGACAGACAGACAGACAGACAGACAGACAGACAGACAGACAGACAGACAGACAGGGUUUUCUAUGGAAAUUUUCUUCUUAGUUUACCUUACAGGAGUAUUUUAAAGACAUUGUGGAGAAUCUAUAUUUUAUGUGUGUUUGUACAUUUUAUAUAUUUAUGCUUUAAUUCAAUGAGAUUAAAAACAAAUUCAGAAUCAACAACAUUUGGUUACAAACAACACAAAUGCUUAGUUUAUAUAAUUGCAUUUUUAAAAGUGUUUAUAUCAUGGCACUAUAGAUAUAUGGUAUCUAAUGUUAUAUUUCCCACUUUUCAGUCCCAUUAGCAGUAGUUUCCUAUAGAGCUCCCCGGCUUGUCGUCAGAACAACAGGAAAUGAUUUACCUCUGGUUUGUUCAGACAUUCCUAUGGGGGAAAAUGAAUGGGGUUUUGGAAUAAAGGCAUAAAAUAAGGUCAGAGGUUAACACAGGCUUAGGAGGUCUUAUAUGUUGUGUUCUAUGAGAUAUCAGUCCGUUAACAUGACCUUUAUGAAACUAUGUUGUGUUGUUGUUUUUAAUUAUUACAUAAAUAAUAACAUAAAUGCUUCAAAAUUCACAAGAAGUGUUGUUAGCUGAUGAAGACGAUCUUAUAGAAACGUACGGUCUCCUAAACCUGUGUUUCCCACAGACCUUAUUUCUCUGUUUAUCCAAAAAAACCAUUCAUUUUCCCCAUAGGUUUUGUCCAUCGAACCAUGGCGGAGUGAGUGCCUACAAAAAGACGCCAUUACGAUUUCUCUAUAUUAUCCUAAGCAAUAUCUUAAUCUCCCCAUACUGCAGUUUAACAGUUAGUCGUCCUAGCUGCUGCUCAUGUAGAGAUAGACCACAUUUUGCAGUAUAUUGAUUUCCCUCUUUAUGGAUUGAAGUGCUCUGUUUUGAUUUACUCAUUUAGAUAUUAGAUAUCAUCAAGUGAUAUCAGUUAGAUAUGAGUCAUUAAUCUAGUAGUGAUCUCCUCUCUCUGUUACCCUGCAGUGUUGUUCUGUGGUGGUGGUGUUGUUUGGUUGACUAGAUAGACAGACGGGCAGGCAGACAGGAAGACAGAAAGACAGACAGACAGACAGACAGACAGACAGACAGAGAGACAGGCUGACAUGAAAACAGACAGACAGGAAGACAGCGUGGUAGAGAGACAGACAGACAGGCAGAGAGAGGCAGGCAGACAGGAAGAAAGACUGACAUGCAGACCGGAAGACAGACAGAGAGAGGCAGACAGGAAGAAAGACUGACAUGCAGACCGGAAGACAGACAGACAGGCAGAGAGAGGCAGACAGGAAGAAAGACUGACAGGCAGGCAGACAGGAAGACAUACAGGCUGUAUCUCUCUGAAUGGUCUCUUCUGUUCUUGUCAUCUUUGUGGUUGUAUCAUCUUUGUAGUUGUGUCAUCUUUGUGGUUGUAUCAUCUUUGUAUUUGUAGUUGUAUCUCAAUGCCCAGAGCAAAAUAAAAUUAAUGAACUGAUUAUUA